AUGAGACAGGUUAUGGCCAGCAGAUAUAGAGGAACAGGAGAGUGGGACCCCAGAGGGCUACAUCUGGGCAUGACCCUGCUGUCCCUGCCUUCUUCACCAGAUGAAAGAAAGCAAGUAACAACAACAUGGCCGGCCCAUGGACAUGGGCAUGAACAUGGUCAUAGUAAAAUGGAACUUCCAGAUUAUAAACAACAGAAGAUAGAAGGGACACCAUUAGAAACUGUCCAGGAGAAGCUGGCUGCACAAGGGCUAAGGGAUCCAUGGGGCCGCAGUGAAGCUUGGAGAUACACAGGUGGCUUUGCAAAUAAUGUUUCCUUUGUUGGUGUAUUAUUAAAAGGAUUCAAAUGGGGAUUUGCUGCACUUGUGGUAGCUGUAGGGGCUGAAUAUUACCUGGAGUCCUGGCAAAAAGAGGCAUCACUGAAGAUAAUACCUGGAAGUAUCUUUUAA